CUGUCGAAAUCUAUCUGUCACUUGAUGUCAUUGUUCGCAGGCCAGAUACAUAUUUAUAUUUUAUAAUUAAAGCCAAAGUGCGUUAGAAAAAGUAAAUGCUUUGUCGUUUUAUCAAUGUUUAAGGGCAAUUAAUUUAUAAAAUAAGUAAAGAGUUACGGUUUAUAGCCGAAAAUGCCGUCAAUAGAUGUGAUGCUGCCCCCUGGGCAGGUCAGCGAUGCACCGGAGGAGCCAGUGGCUCCUCCGCCGCCAGUUAUUGGCAUUAUAUAUCCUCCUCCGGAAGUAAGGAAUAUUGUGGACAAAACUGCAAGCUUCGUGGCUCGUAAUGGCCCAGAAUUUGAAGCCCGUAUCAGGCAGAAUGAACUCGGAAACCCUAAGUUCAACUUUCUCAACUCCGGCGAUCCUUAUCAUGCCUACUAUCAGCACAAAGUUAAGGAAAUCAGAGAAGGAAAAGGUCAAGACACAGCUCCUGCACUAUUGGCUCCACCAAUUCAAAGACCUGGUCUUGCUCCUGCCACUGCUGCACGGCAACAAGAGCUCCUCAAGGCAGCAGCUCCGAGUGAGCCUCCACCACCACGUGACCCUCCACCAGACUUUGAAUUUAUUGCCGAUCCUCCAUCAAUAUCAGCACUUGAGCUUGACAUUGUUAAACUUACUGCACAAUUUGUAGCCAGAAAUGGGAGACAAUUCCUUACAGACUUAAUGAAGAAAGAAGAGCGAAAUCAUCAAUUUGAUUUCUUACGUCCACAGCAUUCACUGUUCCAAUAUUUUACGCGCCUUUUGGAGCAGUAUACAAAAGUGCUUCUGCCACCAAAAGAGCUUGUUUCCAAGUUGAGUUCAGAGAUAAGAUCUGGAGUGUUGGAGCAGGCCCGCACCCGAGCUGCAUGGCAUUCACAUCAAGCUAAACGUAAGGCUGCUGACGAGGCGCGUAUCGAGAAAGAAAGAUUGGCGUAUGCAUCCAUUGACUGGCAUGAUUUUGUAGUUGUUGAAACUGUCGAUUAUCCUGCCGGCGAACCGGGAGACUUCCCUCCGCCAACUACACCGUUGGAAGUUGGAGCGAGAGUGCUUGCUCAAGAACGCGGGGAGGACAUCGCCCAUCAUAACGAAGAAGACGAUACGGAGAUGCAACUUGAAUCCGAAUCAGAAUCUGAGUCUGAUGACGACCUAGCUGAAAUGGAAGAUCGCACACAACAGCAGCAACGGCCUGACGACAACAGAGUACAGGAUAUGGAAGAGGAGAGCUCAUCCUCUGAAGAUGAGGGUCUUCCGGAGCCUCCCAGACAAGCUGGAGACGAAGCCCCAUUACCACCGAGACCGGAUCGCGUGGUGGUUAAGAAGUACGAUCCGAAACGUGCUCGCCCGCAGCCGACUCCGGCCAACGAGGAAUGGCUGGUGUCUCCAAUCACCGGAGAAAAGAUUCCGGCUAACAAAGUGGCUGAUCACGUGAGGAUCGGUCUGCUGGACCCGCGCUGGUUGGAGCAGAGAGACCGCGCGGCGGCCGAGCGCACCGACAGAGACGAGGCGCUGGCUCCUGGAGCGGCUAUCGAAGAGUCGCUUAAACAUCUUGCUGAACGUCGUACGGAUAUCUUCGGUGUGGGUGACGAGGAAACCGCCAUCGGUAAGAAGAUAGGUGAGGAAGAGAAGAAGAGGGAUGAAAGAGUGACGUGGGACGGACACACGUCCAGUGUGGAGGCCGCUACCAGAGCUGCCAGGGCUCACAUCACACUCGAAGAUCAAAUCCAACAGAUCCAUAAGGUCAAAGGUCUCCUCCCAGACGAGGAGAAGGAGAAAAUCGGGCCGAAGCCCGUCCCCGCGUCCCGCAGCGGGGGCCGCCCUCCCCCGCCCCCCGCGCAGCGCCCCCCCGCGCCCGCGCCCGCCCCCGCGCCGGUGCUGCUCCAACCGAUCCCCCCGCUGAUGGUGCUGCCGCCGAUGCCGCCCCGCGCCCCCCUCAUCCCCACCCCCGUGGGCGCCCCGUUCGGGUUCGUGCCGAACGUGCCGGUGGGCAACGUGGUCGGCAACGUGUCAGUCGGCGCCGUGCCGCUGCCGGAGGACGACGAGCCGGCCUCGAAGCGGGCCAGGACCGAGGACGCGCUGGAGCCGGAGAGCAGCUGGCUGGCCAAGCAUCCCGACACGGUGACUGUACAAGUGUCGCUGCCGCACCUGCCCGAGCGCGGCGAGUGGCGGCUGGACGGGCGCUGCGUGCCGCUCAGCGUGUCGCUGGCCGCGCCCGCCGCCGACCUCAAGCACAGCCUGCAGCGCGCCACCAACAUGCCCAUUGCGAAGCAGAAGCUGCACUACGAGGGCUUAUUCUUCAAAGACACCAAUUCUUUGGCCUAUUACAACGUACCUCCCGGCGCCGUCAUACAGCUGCAAGUUAAGGAGAGAGGCGGAAGGAAGAAAUAGCAUUAAAUUGACCGUUUAUAUUGUGUGGUGAUGAUGUUCAUUGUGACGAUAGUAAACAAUAAAUGAUAGUCUAUGAA